UUGUUACAGCUCACAAAGAUAACCAAUAACGUUCGCGUGCGGUCCUGGCGGCGAGAAAUCCUCACGCUUCCGCCUGUGACAUUGGUGGAAACGAUCAGAUAUCACCCUGCAUUUUUUUUACCUGAGAAAAAAUUAAGCUAAGCGGUGAUGCGCUUAAUGUGCGGGGUGUAAGUGAUACGGCUUGGAAGGCUUUGGUUGGAGCCUGAGGUCGAACAAUGCGUGCACAGUGGGUGGGCACAAUAGGCCAGGGCUUCUCAUGACGCUUGAGAUCCCUCUCACAACGAGCUGGCGCCAGAUUUGCUCCCGGCUCCAGGUUAGACCGGGUAUAAAGCACGCGGGAAGUGCCCUGGCGGAUCACAUUAUCACGUACCUGCGCCGCAGGACCGUUACCUGCCCGACUCACCUGUACCUGUGCGUGUGUGUGUAGAGGGACUUCACCUGUCUCGUUGAGAAGUAUCAGACCGUCAACACUCUGUGGGAGAAAACACACACAACAGUCGUCUUCGCCACGUUGUGGUCACAUAGAGAGAACCAACCCCGUACCAGCAUGACCGCGGAGACCAAGUGCGACGCGGCGGAGACACCCGCGUGUGUCACCGAGAACCGGCCGCCGCAGGACCCGCUGUCGGAGAACGAGGCCGUGCAGAUAAAGGCAGAGCCGGGAGAGGAGACGCCGGCUCAGCAGAACACGAGCGGAGGACGCCGCCGUAAGCGCCCGGUCCAGAAGGGCAAGCCCCCGUACAGCUACAUCGCGCUGAUCUCGAUGGCGAUCGCCAACUCCCCCGAGAGGAAGCUGACCCUGGGCGGCAUCUACAAGUUCAUCAUGGACCGGUUUCCCUACUACAGGGACCGCGACAAGAAGUGGCAAAACUCCAUCCGACACAACCUGACGCUGAACGACUGCUUCGUGAAGAUCCCGCGGGAGCCAGGCCGUCCAGGCAAGGGCAACUACUGGACUCUCGACCCCGCCGCCGAAGACAUGUUCGACAACGGCAGUUUCCUGCGGCGGAGGAAGAGGUUUAAGCGAGCAGACAGCUCCACGUACAUGGCGAACUUCAUGCAGGACUCCACCAGCGCCUUCACGCCGACCCAGACGGGCAGGCCGCCGUACCAGACCAUGUACGCUGCGCGGGACUACCUGUCCCAGCUGCCGGGAGGCACGGGCCCGACGCACCCGGCCAUCAUGCAUCACUACCCGAGCACCACCAUGUCGCAACACCGCAUGUUCAGCAUCGACAACAUCAUCGCCGAGCGGCAGGCCGGUCUCAUGUCCACCAGCCCCUCCGACCUCACCAGGGGGUCCCUGGGGAUGGACCAGAACCCCCUCAACACCCUCACUCCCCCCGCCCCACAGCUGACACACUCCCCAUCCAUGCCCAGCCCGGGUCUCCAGGUCUCCAACUCCAACCAUUCGUCCUUCGGCGUGUCCGCGGCCAUGAUGCAGGCCAACUCCCAGAGCAUGGCCUCCUCCCUGCCUUACCCCUUCACACCGGCCACCACCAACACGGCCUUCGGUACCUCCUCCUACUCCAACGGGAGUAGCUGCGCGCAGAUGUACGGUAACGCCGGGAUCCGCGGGACGGGCUCGAUCUCCGACGACCUGUCGCAGGUUGCCGCCAGCGUGACGCAGCUGAACGGGAACUACAUGCGGCAGCAGGCCUACAACUUAGAACGGUACGUCUCGCCAAUAUGACACGGACACUGAUCAUGAACUAUCAUGGACUUCUUCUAGCAAACAAGACUUUAUAAUUAAACCGUGCAAAUAGCAAGAACCGGUUUCGUCUCUUGUGAAGAUGCCUCGGCACGUCUUAGAAUCGAAGCUUACAGUACCUGACAUGGUGACUUCAACUUAACGUAUUUAAGAACUGCAGUGUGUACAUUUCUGCGACGUAGGACACCUAACCAACUUCUGAGAUUUCACAGUCAUUAUUCUACUUAUUAAGGACAAUCAAAGAUUAACCGAAGAAGUUUUAAGAUUGAAUCCUGAGAUUUUGAUUCUGCAAUAUAUGAAGAUCUGGUGGAGAAAUUGUUAGAGGUAUGUUGUACAUUUUGUGUUAGAUUGAUAGAUCUUAAGUAUGGUAAGAUUAUUAUUGCAGUAUGGUUUCCAGAUAUUUAUUAUCAAUGUGUGUUCAAAUGUACUGAUAAGAUGAUAUUCAACUAAGCUUUGUUCUACGUACAGUUUUGUGCAGUGUUUAUAAUUGAUCAGUCUCUAUGCAAUUAAAGUAACGAUGUAAAUAUGAUUUUAAUGGGUUUGUAGGGAUCGCUGCUUUCGUGAAACCAAGUCGUCAUAUCAUAUAGAUGGGUUUAUCCCUUUUCUAAGAUUUAAAUUCUUUUUAUUUGAAAAGAAAAUAUUGUUACAGUCGAGAUCGAGACCAAAAAAAUAUACAGUAUGUUUUACAUGUCGCUCGCGAUCGUCUCUUGUAGUUGGGAGUGAGGCAAAUAAAGUGAUCAAAGCUUGCUUUACACUAGUUUUCUGAACUGUCGCAUUAUACAUCGUAUUCUACUUCCGUCGUAGACUACAAUUUUUUUCUGAGUGUAAACAGAAAUGAAGUGAAGUCUAUUACAGAAGUGUUCUACAGUCUUAAAUUCUGAGGUACACUUCGGUGGUAGAAUUCACUUUAUUUCAAUUUACACUCACGAAGCUGUAGUCUACAAGGGAAGUUGACUACGAUGGCUAGUACGACAGUUUCAGAAACAAGUGUAAAGCGUGCCUAACUUGACGACUCCCUGAUAAAUGUGAAAUGUCAAAGAACGUUCCCGUGGAUGCAAAAUUCUCCGGACGUGUGCUAAAACACUGACGUGUCAGGAAGUGACCUUGUCGUCCCACAUCCAAAACACGACAACUGAUCUUUGUCAAAACAGGAACACAAAAUAGUUAAAAUAGCACCAACAGGUGUCAAUCCAUUCAUAGACGGUUCGCACGUGAACUAUGUUUCAUGUAAAACAAAUGAUCCACAGACUGCAUGCAGUCGUGUAGACGUGUUCUUUCGCACGUGGUGAAUAAUAUGUCACCGUGCUUUGUUGUACAUCUCACAAAGGUACUGACGUCUAGCGUGCAUACUCUGUACGCAGAUAGGUUGUUGGUUCACUUCGAAACAUUUUGCAAACCUGUCGAAAUUUCAUUCUGUAUUAUAAAACUGAAAAUGACUAGCGGAAAACUUGCAGUAGUUUGUAUCUGGUCGUAUAAUCCAAGCAGAGGUUUCGAUCGGGGGAUAGCAGUACGUAAUAAAAAGAGGAGGAAUUUUCUGCAGUAUUAAAGAGAAAUAUUCCAUGGCUAUAAGAUGUUUGCGGCCAAUUUCUUGAAAUUCGUUGACGAUGUUUACUUUGUUAUCUGUAAAUUUGCAGUGUAAAUUACUCGUCGUUAUUCGGUGACGUAACUUUGAAGACAUGGCAUUGCCGUGGAUAUUCAGCUGUUUUUCUGUUAACUUUCUAAUUUAGAUUCAGUCUACAUAAGUCGUAAUUUUGUACAGUACAUUUCUAUAAUUUGGACGCAUAACUCUGUUUUCCUAGCGCACGCAUAGAAUUUGUGAGCAGCAAAUUUCAAAAGUGAUGUAUUUUUUCGGUUCUGAACGGAACUCGAUCUAACGUUAUCGCUUGUUAGUAUUGUAACAAAAGCAAUAUCUAAGCCUUGCGAGAAAAACUAUAAUCCAUGUGUUUGUAACACUGUGAGAGAAAAACUCGUCAGAACAACAAAUGACGCACAAUCCGAGCGAGUAAAGUUGCCUCUGAGAUUUCAGAAAAAAAAAACGGCCAUUCCUUUCCACUAGACGGCGAUCGCGCUGCGCUCUCACUGCGACCUAAAUAGGAUAUGUGUAACCUUUGAUUUCAUACUGGAUAUAUCAUAUAGCAUGUAAAAGUGUGACUGAUCAGACAACAAAACACAGAAAGUUAAAAAAGAUUCGUUUUUCUAUACAAUAUGUUGAGGGAUACGUCAAAUAUUCUAGUUUGCAGAGAGAGCGCGGCGAGAGCGCCGUCCAAGUGGAAAGGGGGUAUAACGACAGACUUAUGGCACAGAAAUGUAAAAAAAAAGUUUUAAUUAAGUUUCCUAAAUCUUCAAAGUGCUGAUUUUAGAUGUUUUUCUUUCCCGUGUAUCUAAAUCGACACAUGUUUUCCUACUGUGUUGUUAAUAGCUACGCUGUUGUUACGUUUAAAGACAAAGUUGAAAGUGCUUUUUUUGGGAUGUGACAGUUUACAAAUGGCUUGGCUUUAGCCAACAACUCUCUUAUAGUAGGUACAACUGUUCUAACUUGUUGAUGCUAUGUGUAAAAGUGUCAUUCUUACCGUCAUUUUAUAUGUAUACAACUGGUUAUUUGAAUAAAUACAGAAACGAGA